AACUCUCGCCCUGAAAUCGUUGUUUCUCCUUGACUCCUUCGAUAUCCUCCCAGAAAAUCACUUGCCAUGGCGAGCAGGUUCAACAUGAUCUGCAUCGCGGCCGCUCUCGCCGCCGCCGCCCUCCUCUUCACCGCCCCACAAGCUCAAGCAUCGUCAUGGGACACGGACAUGGUGCCGGUGUGGCCGCCGUUCGCCGUGAUUGAGGAGAUGGCCGGCGCGGGGGCUCCGACGUGCCUGCAAUGCCGGUGCUGCUCCAAGGCGAACCCGAGCAGCUGCCAGAUGACCACCUGCUGCUCCUCCUUUAAUUGCGACCCUACCGGGAAGUGCAGCCUCGUGCAGACCAAGUGCGGCUGCAACGGCUGCUAAAUUCAGAACGGUCGGCGGCGUCUCCAUCCUCCCUGAAUCCGGAAUGUUUUGUUUGUUGAUCGUCUUUUCUUCUUCUGUAUCUCUAGAGGAUAGUGCAUCAGAUGGGCUUUCUUAUAGGAUACUGGAAAUGGGGGCUAGGCCCAACUUUGGUUUUGGCAGGCAGCAAAUUGCAUGGAUAUAUUAAGUUAAUGGGCCGAGAGACCAGCAAUGCUCGUACGUGUCUGCUCGAUCUUCUGAAUCUGAAUGUACCGUUCCCCACAAAACCCAAAUCUCAUACUCCUAUUUUUUUUUAAAAAAACAAAUUGGUAAAAAAUAAGCAAAUCUCCUAUUUUUACGGCUGUUUCCGCCUACCUGCGACCGCGUCGGCGU